GUGUCUUCAGGACAGUACACGCCUCUUACAUAAAAGUCAUUUCAACUAGUCAGGAUAUCAGAUGGGCAAAAAUACUUGAGGGUUGUUUGUUUCACUAAGGUCACAGCUCCGCUUCGAUUUCUACUUUUCUCUAAAAAAAAAAACGCUUGCGUUUAAUCUUCUUGUGACAGACGUUCCGUUGUGGGGGAAAUACACCAUCAAUAUCAGAUUAAUUCCUUGAUCAUCAGAAUCAUCUGCAGGUGUGAAUUCAUGUCUGUAUUUUCUCCCCAAAUAUACUGCCCAGUGUUUGUGCCAAGUGGAGACGACAUGACUGAGGUGAUGAUCAGUAGCACCCCCAUGGAGGACAUAAGGCUCAGCCCCAGCAAGGACCGGCUCUCCUUCCAGAUCUUUCCAGACCCCUCAGACUUCGAGCGCUGCUGUAAGCUGAAAGACCGCCUGCCCUCCAUCGUAGUGGAGCCCACGGAGGGGGAAGUGGAGAGCGGCGAGCUGCGUUGGCCUCCUGAGGAAUUCAUUGUCAGUGAAGAAGAGGAGAAGGAGAACCAUGGCAAAAGCCAAACUGGACAGCCAACGCAGAACAACCAGGACUAGAGGCCAAACGGCAAACCCUACUCCCACCUACAUCCCACUCGCACUUAACCACUCACUGAGUGACUAGGGGAACACAUGUCAGUGAUGCUCACUUUCCUUCCCUUGACACCAAAGCAUCACUCUAAAGAGAAGCAAUAUGCAUGCUUUACUUAAUCUACUUUUUGGAUUUCACCUCUGUUGCUUAACCACACACACACAAACACACACAAACACACCAUAUGUAUGAAAAUACACACACACCAAGCACCCCUGUGUCUCACCCUAAAAUGCAGGUCCAGUAAAACGGUGGCAGCUCUGUGCUCCAUGGACAGAUCUCGUACUGAAGGAGACUACAAUGCCCACGCCAAAUCUGCUGGCCACAUGACUCCAGAGACUCUUAUACCCAGAGACUACUGCUUUGGUACGCAAGCGGAUUUCUGUUUUUCAUACCUUCGAUAUAUGGAUUGAAAUGUACAUGACUACGAUUGCCAUUGCCGUCUGUGGAUCUCAUAGUCUGUCUUAAAGUCUUGUGUGUAUGUUGGUGGGGUUUGUUUUGUUCGUUUCGGUGGAUUGUGAUGACUGACAGGAAGUAGGGGUUACUGUGAACAACACAAAGAGACCGUUAGUCUCUGUUGGGCAAAGGAGUAACUUUUACACUGAGAGGGAACUCUUCCCUACUUCUAUAAAAGUUGAUAAUAUGUACAGUAUAAUAUGAACGCUGGUUGUGCACUGAAACACUCAUCUGCUUUGUUUUUUCCCUUGUCUUGUCCCCGCUGAUGACAUUUGAUAGGUAUUGGAAGGGGGGGGGGGGGGGGGGGGGGUCAAUUAGUCAAUAUUUUUUUAGAUGUAGUGAUUAAAACCAACAAUGUCACUAAAAUAGACACUCAGUGAAGGACAUUUUUGCCCUCGGAGCCAAUACCUGAGGUUAUUGUUGAUUGGUUUAUUUUGUUAUUGUCACGAAACAUUCAUGAGACUGAAAUUAGUUCUAAGUGAUUCUCACCAGAGCGCUGAGUUCACUGAUCUCAUCUUCACUGAUCAGCCAUUAUGUCACCCUCAACCAGUAAGGUAUAUCACGAUACAGGGACUUGACCAGCUACCUCUUGUACAUUUCUGAACAACUCCCAAUUUUCCAGUUCAUAAACUCUGGACUCUGUUCUCUUACUAACAAGUCCUCCACAGUAGCUUCCUUUUUAUAAUCUUAAAAACAGUUACUGGUAUCUGUCCUUGUUUUGUUAAAGCCAGUUAGUUGACCCCGACUCAUAAAUUGCCACCUGGUUUGUAUGCAAUUUGUUAAACUAAUGAUGUUUUGCAAUCUAUUUCUCUAUUCUACAUCACCAGCUGUUCAGCCUUCUUGGAAAGAUGUUAAAGGCAUGAUGUUUGCUGAAAAAAAGAAGAUACCUUGAUGUAUUGUUCUAAUAGUGUAUAUGAAGUUUUGUGUAUGUCUCUCCCUCUGUAAAUGGCAUUAGGGCUCUGUACAGAACAUCUCCUUUUCUCUCUGCUGUCACCCACAGGUACUGUGCUUUGUUUUUGUAAAGCUCAGGGAGGAUAGCUGCCAUUUUGCUCAUUUUUUGUUGUUGUAUUUAGAUCACUUUACUCUGACGAACAGAGGUUGUAAAUAAACAUUUGAAUUUGCUUCCAA